AUGCGUGAAAUUGCUGCCGAUGUCGGGGUUCGGCCGGGCGCCCUCUACAAUCAUUUCCCGACGAAGCAGGACAUUUUGAAGGAUCUGAUGCUGACCCAUAUGGCAGAUCUGCUGACUGCCUGGGACACCGCACGGUUCCCGGAGGCGAUGGACCCUCUUGAACGCUUUGUACGCUUCCAUAUCCGCUACCAUCUGGAGCGGGCUGAUGAGGUGUUCAUUUCCUAUAUGGAACUGCGCAAUCUUGAACCGGACAACUUCGAGAUCAUCGAAGCGGAACGCCGCCGUUACGAAGCCAUCCUGACAUCGAUCCUGCACGAAGGAUCCGCUGCCGGGAGAUACAGCGUGGACGAUCCGAAAGUGGCGACCAGAGCCAUCAUCGCCAUGCUGACGGGCAUCCCGACCUGGUACCGGGAGGGCGGUCACCUGGGUGAACACGACGUCGAGGACCUCUACCUGACCAUGGUGCGCAAGGAGGCUGCCCGGACAGCCCUCGACGGCGGCGGCGAGAACGCCCGUCUGCGUCACGUUUCCCGCGGAAAGAUCCUGCCGCGAGAACGCGUGUCCCGACUGCUUGAUCCGGGCUCUCCGUUCCUCGAAGUCGGCAUGCUUGCAGCACACGAAAUGUAUGACGGGGCCGCCCCGUCCGCCGGCAUGAUUGCCGGCAUCGGUCGCGUGGAAGGUCAGGAAGUCAUGAUCCUCGCCAACGACGCCACGGUCAAAGGCGGCACCUACUAUCCGAUGUCGGUGAAAAAACACCUGCGCGCGCAGGAAAUUGCCUCGGAAAACAAUCUGCCUUGCAUCUAUCUGGUGGAUUCGGGCGGUGCCAACCUGCCCAAUCAGGACGAGGUGUUUCCGGACCGGGACCACUUUGGCCGCAUCUUCUACAAUCAGGCGAACAUGUCGGCGAAAGGCAUCGCCCAGAUCGCCGUUGUCAUGGGAUCGUGCACGGCAGGCGGUGCAUAUGUUCCCGCGAUGUCCGACGAGACCAUCAUCGUCAGGAACCAGGGCACCAUUUUUCUGGCUGGCCCACCCCUGGUGAAGGCAGCGACCGGCGAGGAAGUCACAGCGGAAGAUCUCGGCGGCGGCGAUGUGCACACGCGCCUGUCCGGUGUUGCCGACCACCUGGCCCGCGACGAUGCGCACGCACUUGCGCUUGCCCGGCGCGCCAUCGCCAGCCUGAAUCGGACAAAGCCGACGCCGUUGACGCUGCAGACGCCGGAAGAUCCGCUAUACGACCCGGAGGAGAUUUUCGGCGUCGUCCCGGCGGACCUGAAAACGCCCUACGACAUUCGGGAAGUGAUUGCCCGGGUGGUCGACGGUUCGCGGUUUGACGAAUUCAAGGCGCGCUACGGCACCACGAUCGUUUGCGGCUUUGCCCAUAUUCACGGCAUGCCGGUGGGCAUCAUCGCCAACAACGGCGUUCUGUUUUCCGAAAGCGCGGUCAAGGGAGCACAUUUUGUCGAGCUGUGCUCGCAGCGGAAAGUCCCGCUUGUGUUCCUGCAGAACAUCACCGGCUUCAUGGUCGGGCAGAAAUAUGAAAGCGGCGGUAUCGCCAAGGACGGUGCCAAGCUGGUCACGGCGGUCGCCACCACCUCCGUACCGAAAAUCACCAUGCUCGUCGGUGGUUCGUUCGGCGCUGGCAAUUACGGCAUGUGUGGCCGGGCCUAUUCUCCCCGUUUCUUGUGGACCUGGCCCAAUUCGCGGAUCUCGGUCAUGGGCGGAGAACAGGCCGCCGGUGUUCUGGCAACCGUCCGACGGGAUGGCAUCGAGCGCAAGGGAGGCAACUGGUCGACGGAAGACGAACAGGCCUUCAGGCAGCCGAUCAUCGAACAAUUCGAAGAGCAGGGACACCCCCUCUACGCCACGGCCCGCCUGUGGGACGACGGCAUCGUCGAUCCGCGCAAGACCCGCGAUAUUCUCGGCCUUUCUCUUUCGGCUUCGCUGAACGCUCCGAUCGAGGAGCUGAGCAGCGAUCUGAUCGGACUCGUGCGGGCCGGAAAGAAGACGGCAACCUGCGGUGCACUUCGCGACUUUGAAUCCGGCGAGGAGGCCAUGCCCGUGACCGGCCGCAGGGACAUCGCUCUCAACUGGAACGGAACACCGGCGCUUGUUCUGGAAACCCUUGAUGUAUCGACCACACGGUUUUGCGACGUUACAGAAGAUUUCGCCUUGGCCGAGGGUGAAAAUGAAGACCUGGAAGGCUGGCGCGCAGAUCAUCAGGCGUUUUUCGAACGCAACGGCGGCUUUGAACCCACAAUGUGGCUGGUCUGCGAACGCUUCAGAUUGAUUGAAGACCUUCAGGACGCGCAGUGCGAAAGGCAAGCCAUGAGCCGGAUCACGAGUCUUGUAGGAGACAUAACGAAAAUUGAGGCGGACGCCAUUGUCAACGCCGCAAAUUCCUCUCUGUUGGGCGGCGGCGGUGUGGACGGUGCGAUCCACCGUGCCGCAGGACAGGAACUCGUCCAGGAAUGCCGUCUUCUGCAUGGUUGCAAGACCGGUCAGGCGAAAAUCACAUCCGGAUACAGAUUGCCGGCAAGACAUGUCAUUCACACUGUCGGGCCGGUCUGGCGCGGCGGUGAUGAAGGCGAACCCGACCUGCUUGCCGGUUGCUAUGAAACCAGCCUUCGGCUUGCCGCGGAGUACAGUUGCAAGACCGUUGCCUUCCCGGCGAUCUCUACCGGCAUCUACGGUUAUCCAGCCGACCUGGCAGCGGGAACCGCAAUCAAAGCCAUUCGAAGUGCGCUCGGUGAUCUGCCUGGAAUCGAAAGCGUCAUGCUGGUGGCGUUUGAUGAACAGGCCCAUGCACAUCUCGUGAAGGCGCUGAAGAGGACCGUCGCCGUUUAUUCCGAUGCCGAUGCAAACGCCAAGCAUGUCGCCAUGGCGGAUGAAGCGUUCCACAUCGGGCCGGCACCCGUAUCUGAAAGUUAUCUGCAGGUAGACAGGAUCAUUGAGGCCUGCCGGACAAGUGGCGCCGAAGCAGUCCAUCCAGGUUACGGUUUCCUGUCCGAAAACCCGCAUUUCGUCGAAGCGCUGGACAAGGCCGGGAUUACCUUUAUCGGCCCGAGCGCCGAUUCCAUUCGAGCCAUGGGCCUGAAGGACGCGGCCAAGGUCCUGAUGGAACAGGCUGGCGUUCCGGUGGUACCCGGCUACCACGGCGACAACCAGGAUCCGGCUUAUCUGAAGGCGCGGGCAAGCGAAAUCGGUUAUCCGGUUCUCAUCAAGGCGCGUGCCGGCGGUGGCGGCAAGGGCAUGAGGCGUGUCGACGAUCCUGCAGAUUUCCUGGAGGCUCUGUCCGGAGCACAACGCGAAGGCGAGGCCAGUUUCGGAGAUGAUCAGGUGCUGAUUGAAAAAUAUCUCACCAGGCCGCGUCAUAUCGAGAUCCAGGUAUUUGGCGACACACAUGGCAACGCGGUUCAUCUGUUUGAGCGGGACUGUUCCCUGCAGAGACGUCAUCAGAAGGUGAUCGAGGAAGCCCCUGCCCCCGGCAUGACGGAUGAAAUGCGGGCCGCGAUGGGCAACGCGGCGGUCAAGGCCGCAAGAGCCAUCAACUAUUCGGGGGCUGGAACCAUAGAGUUCAUUGCUGACGUUUCCGAAGGCCUAAAUCCUGACCGGUUCUAUUUCAUGGAAAUGAACACACGCCUUCAGGUCGAGCAUCCGGUCACGGAAUUGAUCACCGGAGAAGAUCUCGUUGAAUGGCAACUUCGUGUCGCAUCCGGCGAGCCCCUGCCGAAACUGCAGCAAGAACUUUCCUUCUCCGGCUGGGCUUUCGAGGCAAGGCUCUACGCUGAAGACGCUCCGAAAGGAUUUCUUCCGGCAAUCGGCACGCUGGAGCACUUGUCCCUGCCUGAAAGGAUUGCACGAGUGGACAGUGGUGUUCGCCCCGGCGACGAAAUUACACCUUACUACGACCCGAUGAUUGCCAAGGUGAUCGUCAACGGCCCGACCCGGGACGCAGCGCUCGGCAAACUGCUUUCGGCUCUGGAAGCUACGGAAGUUGCCGGCUGCGUGACCAAUGCCGGUUUCCUGUCCGCCCUUUGCCGGCACGAGGAUUUUGCGGCUGGUGAUGUCGAUACCGGUCUGAUCGACCGGGAUCUUGAAGACCUCAUUGAAGAACCUGAAGUCCCGGAAGACGCUGUGGCGCUCGCCGCGCUCACGGCCCUCGGCCUGACAAGACCUGCUUGCGGAAACGAUCCGUUCGAAACUCUGGCAGGGUGGCGCAUCUGGAGCGCAUCGCGCCAGUUCGCACUCCUUGAGGUCGGUGGUGAACGCCGCGACACCGAAGUUCGCGCUCUCGGUAAUCGGCGGUUCGCGGUACAUCUUGAGGGUGGGGUACGCACCUAUACGAUCAUUGAUGUCGACGGCGGCACCUUCACCUACGACUGCGAAGGCCAUCGUGCCAGUACUGUUGUGGUCGAAAGUACCGAUGGUCUUACCGUCUUCUUGAACGGGCACGCAUUUGCCAUCGGUUUGCCCGAUACGCUGAGCGCUGACGAAGAAGCAACCGUUGCCGGCGAUCAGCUGAUUGCGCCGAUGCCAGGUCUGGUUAAGGUCUUGUCGGCAGCGCCCGGCGAUACCGUGACCAAAGAUCAACCGAAACCGAUGCUGCUGCCUGACGCUGAUAGCUACGACGCGCUGACGGCGAGAUUUGCGUGGAACAUUCCGGAGCGGUUCAACAUCGGAGCCGCGGUCUGUGACGUCUGGGGGGACAGGGAACCAACCCGCGAAGCGCUGAUCUAUGUUGACGAGGGCGGCGACACCGCCCGUUACACCUACGCCGACCUGAAGCGCCUGUCGAACCAGCUUGCCAAUCUGCUCGUCAGCCGCAACGUUGCGCCCGGAGACCGAAUUGGUGUCCUGCUGCCACAACGUCCGGAAACCGCAUUUGCGCAUAUCGCCGCGCUGAAACUGGGUGCCGUCACCAUACCUCUCUUCACGCUGUUUGGCGAGGAAGCCCUGGAAUACAGGUUGCGCGAUUCAGGUACGAAGGCGGUAAUCACAGAUGCCGGCGGGGCUGCGAAGCUGGCAGGGCUUCGAGACCGGCUACCGGAAUUGACCACUGUCUUUUGUGUCGAUGGCGAAGAUGGCAGCGCGGAUGACCUUGCCAGUCACAUGGCAGGACACGAGGAUGUUUUCACGCCUUUCGAUACCGCCGCCGACGAUCCUGCAAUCAUCAUCUACACUUCCGGCACCACCGGCCAGCCCAAGGGCGCACUGCACGGACACAGGGUCCUGCUCGGCCAUCUGCCCGGCGUUGAAAUGAGCCACGAUUUUCUUGGGCAGCCGGGGGAUCGCAUCUGGACGCCCGCUGACUGGGCCUGGAUCGGCGGUCUGCUCGACGUGCUGAUGCCUGCACUCUACCUCGGGGUUCCAGUCGUUGCCUGCCGCUUCCGGAAAUUCACCGCAGAAGCAGCUUUCCAGCUUCUGGAGGAUCAGAAGGUCCGGAACGCCUUUCUGCCCCCAACAGCGCUCAAGCUGAUGCGGCAGGUGCCGCAACCACGGGAAAGGUGGACUUUCGAGCUUCGCUCCGUCGCAUCGGGGGGCGAAACACUCGGGACGGAACUGAUCGACUGGGGCCGCAAGACUUUCGGUCUGACGAUCAACGAAUUCUACGGGCAGACCGAGUGCAACAUGAUCGUCUCCAGUUGCAGUCGGAUCAUGGAAACCCGCCCGGGCAUCAUGGGUCGUGCCGUCCCUGGUCAUCAUGUCGCGAUCGUCGACGACAAUGGCCGGGAACUGCCUCCGGAAACGCUCGGCAACAUUGCCGUCAAACGGCCGGAUCCCGUAAUGUUUCUCGAAUACUGGAACAACCCCGACGCAACGAAAAGGAAAUUCGCAGGCGACUGGCUGCUCACCGGCGAUACAGGUGUCCGCGACGCCAGAGGCUGGCUGCGCUUUGUCGGACGCGAUGAUGACGUCAUCACGUCAUCCGGCUAUCGCAUCGGACCGGGUGAAAUCGAGGACUGCCUCAUCCGUCAUCCGGCUGUUGCCAUGGCGGGCGUCGUCGGCAAACCGGACCCGCAACGAACGGAAAUCGUCAAGGCCUACAUCGUUCUGAAACCCGGCAUCGAACAAACCGACCGGCUCGCCGCGGAAAUUGCCGACUUCGUCAAGACCCGGCUGGCUGCCCACGAAUACCCGCGGGAAGUCGCCUUCGUUGACGCGCUGCCAAUGACGACCACGGGCAAGGUCAUCCGGCGGGAACUGCGCUCCCGCGCCCAGCAGGAGGUGACGAGUUUUGUCAGCCCCAAAUGGGUGCCGCAGAUGGCCGAUGCACAAGACGUCAUGGAUGGAAUUUAUCGCCAUCCGGCCGUCGUCUAUUCGGUACUGACACCGAACGUCAAGGGCUACACGGCGGCGCGCAAGGCGCAGCACGAUGACAUGCCGGUACGAACGCCCGAAACCAUCGGCAAGAUGCUGGAUGCGGUUCUGGAGCAUGUUCCGGCGAGCAGGCUGGCGGGACACUUCCAUGACACCAAGGCGCGGGCGCUGGAAAACAUCGAGGAGGACCGACGCAUGAGUUUCGAGACAAUUUCCAUCUCUGCGGACGACCGCGGCGUCGCUACCCUGUUGUUGAACCGGCCCGAAAAACACAAUUCACUCUCGGCCCGGAUGAUUGCCGAGCUGGCGGAGGCCGCAGAAAAUCUCGGAAAUGAUCCCGAUGUGCGGGCCGUGAUCCUGACCGGUGCAGGGGCAAGUUUUUGCGCCGGAGGCGAUCUCGGCUGGAUGCGCGAGCAGUUUGAAGCCGACCGGAUGCAGAGGAUGGCCGAAGCGCGCAGGCUCGCCAUGAUGCUGAAAGCUCUCAAUGAACUUACAAAGCCGCUGAUUGGACGAGUGCAGGGCCAGGCCUUUGGCGGGGGCAUCGGCAUGAUGAGUGUCUGCGACACCGUCAUCGCCGUUGAAGGCGCCAAAUUCGGAUUGACGGAGGUCCGACUUGGGCUCAUUCCGGCAACCAUCAGCCCCUACGUUCUCGCGCGCAUGGGCGAAGGCAAGGCGCGACGUGUUUUCAUGUCGGCCCGCAUCUUCAGCGCGCACGAGGCAAAGGACCUGAACCUUGCCGCCAACGUCGUGUCGGCCGAGGAACUGGAUACCGCGGUGGAAAGCGAAAUCAGGCCCUAUCUCGCGGCCGCACCUGCUGCCGUUGCAGCUUCAAAGGCACUGGCAAGGUCGCUCGGUCCAUCGAUCACUGACGAGAUUAUCGAAGACACGAUUGGCCGGCUCGCGGAUACCUGGGAAACUCCGGAGGCGCGUGAGGGGAUCAACGCAUUCUUUGACAAGAGAAAACCGGCAUGGGUGUCUGGCUGA